GAGAGUCGCAUAAAUUACAGGUGUUUGACAUCUUGGUAUAUAAGACUUAGAUAAGGGUUAAAAUAUUAACUGAUGCAUUAAAGAAUGUAUUUAUCUUGUAAGAUAUGCAAACUUUAAUUUCUUGAAAACUACAUGCAUGUGUGUAUAUAAAGCAGCUCAACUGUGUACACAGCUCCUCACAAAACAAAGAAAAAGAAAAACCAAUAUUAAUUAAUUAGAAAAAGAGAGAAUCAGAGAUGAAUGUCAUGAAGUUUGUUGUCCUUUUGAUCUUUGUUGGAGUUGUGUGUGCCAAUGUUGGCGCAAGGCAGCUCCAGGAAAUGUUCAAAGAGACAAAGUUGGGCAUCUCUAUUCCCAAAACUGUCACUACCAACGGCAUUGGAGCUGAGCUUGGCCUCGUUUAUGUUACAACUAGUGCCACCAAUUCAGAAAAUUCAAAUGCUGGUGCUGCUGCAGGUGCCGGUGGUCCCAGCGCAAGUGGAUCUGGAACUGUCUAUAAAAGUACUUAUGGAACUGUCAAUGCAGAAGGGCCCAACGCAAGAGCUAAUUCUUACAGUUACGUUUCCGGUAGCACCGGCGCUGGUGCUGCAGCAGGUCCCAAUGGUGCUGGGAGCAAUGGAUACGCUGCUGGAGUUGCAUACAGCAAUGCUGAUGGCAGCACUAGCGACCCUUGACGGAUUGAUGAUCAUGCUGAAGUCUCUCCGUAUAUUUAAAAAAAAUACUCUGCAAACCCAACACAAUCUCUUUUGUAUUCAUAAAUAAAACUAGAGAUUGUCACCUUUAUUAAUUAUGAUACUAUGUACAUGCUCUCUAAGUGUACUAUUUUUUUUUUU